AUGCUAGUAGAACUUCUUAAACAAGACAAAUCAGUUCUGUUAGAAUGUAAAGGAUUCACAUUAUUUAUUUCUUCUAAAGGUUCAUUUGAAGUAAAAAAGUCUGACUACUCAGGAUUAGCAUCACUACCUGAUACAUGGUAUAUAAUUGAUGGAAGGUGCAAAAAAUUCUAUAUGCCAAUAUGGAGUGAGGAUGAGAUUGUUGACUGUCAUAAUUGGUUGUAUGAUGAAAAAAUUACUCAAGAAUCAAUAAAGAAAAGGUUUGAUGUAUGUGGUGGAGUUGCAAGGUGGAUCUUUGAUACUAAUAUGUCACUGGAAGAAAUUAAAACCAUUAUUCAAAGUGCAACUAUAGUAAUUGAUCCAAGAAUUAUAGUUAUCAAGGCCAACCCCUCUUAG